GACGUCGUCGAUCAGUAUCGUGGAAGCGCGCGUCCCGUACCGCUCGGGCAACCUUUAAAUCGCGUGCAACAUUUCACGAAGAACGACGUUUCGUCAUCGACGUGUGAAAUUAUUUGCAAACGAAUCAAGUUUACGUCGAUAUCUUGACACACCGGGCUGAAGUUGUGUUCACGGAGGACGCGAUGGAACGAGUUUUCAAUGAAAUUGCGGACGUGAGAAAAUGUUGCGAAACGUAGUUGGAGCAGACGAAAGGAAUCGACAGUACGAUGCUGAAACGUCGAUUGAAACGAGGAUCGUCGGAAGUAUCAUGGAAACAGGCAUGAUUGUGAACAGAGACAAAAGCAUUCUUGUCCUCGUUCGAAAUGCCGAAAAUCUGCAAAUAAUUUUCUGUUAGUUCCUGGGCGUAGCGAAUAAGGGUUGUUGAAAGGGUCGCUCCCGUGAACCGGUGCGAUUCCCCAUGUACCUUUAAUGCAACCUUCCUCCUCUGGAAUUCAAUGUGCUUAAUAGGCGUAUUCGCUUAUCACGACACAGAAAUGGUUCAUUGUUCGCGCAACAAACUACAAUUCUUGGUAUCGAUUGUAACUCGAAUAGAAGAGGAUCUUUUCGGAGAUAUUCGCACGGAAUGUCGUUCGAUCGUCAUUGUGAAUAAUCAUCUUUCCGAUUUCAAGUCGUGAUCUUGCCGAGAGUAGAAAGGAAUUCUUAGUAUCUAUCAUCCUUGUAUCUCAAGCUCAAGGGAGAAUAUUUGAACUGUGCGAAAAUUAAGAGGACCAGCGGGAAAGCGGUUGCACGGAAGACGAGAGGCGAAUCUUCUUUCAUAACGACAAACAGAUCGGGAAGUAAGUCUGUUCCAUUGACUACAGAAGGAAAAAGAAACGACACCGAUUGAUGAUCAUGACUUAUCGUUGACGAUAAGGAGCAGAGGAUAGGGGAUAAAAGGACGGAAAUGAAAUUUGGUACGACGCAAAGUGUUGGGCCGGAGAGAGGACGCGUCACACAAGACGCAUAAACAAUAAGGGCAAAAAGGAGAAGAAACGGAAGCGUGAAAGCCUCGUCGAUGUAUUUUGAAGUGCGUUCGAGAUGUGAAAUGAAAUAACGUAAAAUCCAUCAGGCGUAAUUCGGUGGUAAUCAGGUGGUAAUUCGUGGAGAAUUGCGGCUAGAGUUUCUUUAACGAUACCGGCUAAACGUUUUCAGCGAGAGGUAAUCAGUCGUGGAGGUUAAAAUGCGAGAAUACAAUAGGAAAAACGCCGCUAUCAUUACGACAAAACGUGAUAAGAAAGCAUAGGUAUAUUGGCAGAUUUUUCGCGUGAGAAGAAAGAAUCUUGACGCGAAUUAAUCGCGAGUGAGUUGAUCGAGCGAAACGUUGACGAUCCAAAGAAAGAGCGAUGCAAGGUAUAGAGAACGACAAUGGAUUAGCAUCAUCGAUGGAAAAUGAAGGCAGUACAUCGAUAUCGUCUGAAAUGGUAUCAGUCUGGAUCGUUCUAUCUAGGAUAUUGAUAUUCGGAUGAAAAAAAUCUUCUUCGCUGUAUAAAAGUAACCCACGAAAACAAUACGAAUUGGUCCAAUAGGUCAAUGGCUGAGCACUUGCUUGUUAAUCGAAUGGAAGCCUGUUAGAGGCGCUCGCGCGUGAAACAGAAGUGGAAGCGAGUAUAGUCGGUGACUCGGCCAUGCCAGUUGUCCGCCUGCCUCGUGCCGCAAACAAAAUCUGCGUAAAGUGGCGACAAGCGUCAUCAACUUCAUUACACCUGUAUCGUAUCGAUACGGAAGGAAUGAAACGCGUUCCUAUCUUUGGAUACGAUUUGGUAUGAAAAUCGUCUAAGAAUUGGCGAUCGUUGCGACCUAAAAAGCUAAUAAAACGAACUGUGACAUCGAAGAACGAUAAAAUAUAACAAUCUGAUUAACGUAGCCGUAAUACGUGCCGGUAUAGCAUAUGAUAAAUAGUGGGGCUGAUUUGAUACAAGUGUGAAUCGUAAAGAGAUAAAGCGAAAAGUGAUUGGAAAAACUAUUUUAAUACGUUCGUGUUGAACUGAUUAAACGAAUCGUGUUGAUUGAAUGUUUUUAAAUUGGUAUUUGCGUGAGUCAUUUCCAAAAAAAAGAAGCUAAUUUCAAAUAAACGCGCAAUGCGUAAAAAUGUGCUCAUUCGUACUGAAUUAAGAGUAAAUCAAAAGAUAAUCGAGAGAUGUCUAUCCAAAGAUAGAUAGUUUGUCAGUGAAUUAACAAAUUUUGCGAGAAGAAUGCAGAGCCUCCAAGUUUUCGUAAAUUCAACGCCCGACCCGUUGAACAUGACACUACUGAUGGAAAAUAACACUUACUACAAUAACACAAAUAUCACGGAUUUACAAUUGAGAAAUCAAUUCGUACUUCCGUGGUGGAGACAAAUGAUCUGGACCUUGUUGUUCGCCUGUAUGAUCGUCGUGGCAACUGGUGGCAACCUGAUAGUCAUUUGGAUUGUAUUAGCGCACAAACGGAUGCGCACGGUCACUAAUUAUUUCUUGGUAAAUUUAAGCAUCGCAGACGCGAUGGUGUCUACGCUGAACGUCACGUUCAAUUACAUCUACAUGUUGAACAGUCACUGGCCCUUUGGCACGCUCUACUGCAAGAUCUGUCAGUUUGUCGCUGUGCUCACUAUAUGCGCCAGUGUCUUCACUUUAAUGGCAAUUUCUAUAGAUAGAUACAUGGCCAUCAUGAACCCGUUAAGACCUCACAUGGGUAAAAGAGCUACCCUCUGCAUAGCGAUCUUCAUUUGGAUCGUAGGAGCUAUCCUCUCGCUACCGAUGCUGCUCUUCUACACAACAUACACUCAAAACUUUGCAAACGGCGAAAUACGAGUGAUCUGCUACGGCGAUUUUCCCAACAGAGACGACAAUGGUCUCAGUUACGACGAAUACUUAUACAAUGUGAUCUUUAUGGUACUGACAUAUGUUUUACCGAUUGGAUCGAUGACGUUCACGUACGCCAGAAUUGGUUUGGAGUUAUGGGGUUCGCAAAGCAUCGGCGAAAAUACCGCCGGGCAAUUGGAAGGUAUAAGGAGUAAGCGCAGGGUUGUGAAAAUGAUGAUUGUUGUCGUAGUAAUAUUUGCAGUAUGCUGGCUACCAUUUCACGUGUACUUCAUCGUAACGUCAUACUUCCCGGAGAUUACAAACGAGCCAUACAUCCAAGAAGUUUUUUUAGGUAUUUACUGGCUCGCCAUGUCUAACAGCAUGUAUAAUCCCAUAAUCUACUGUUGGAUGAACUCCAGAUUUCGGCGAGGAUUUGCCCACUUUUUCUCCUGGUGUCCGAUGGUACAGGUUCCCGCGGAGCCCUCGUUAUCACGUUCCGAAGCGUUAACGUCUCGAUACAGUUGCACCGGUAGUCCUCAAACCAACACCAGGAUAUCACGGAACGGUACGUCUUCCUGCACACCCUCGGAACGUCCUUGCACCACAUCGUCCACAACAUCCACGAGCGAGUCACGCUUCGAACACGACGACGCCCACACGGAUGCACGAAAUUCUUACAUAGAUUUGCACGACUUCACCGUUACCAGCGUCGUCCUUGGCGAAACCAAUGCCGACGUGAAUCACGAGACGUAGUAAUGAAAUCGACUUUGAAAGCCCGAUCGUUGUUCCCUUCGAUAUCCGGUUCGAUUCUUUUCCAUUGUUUACCGCGCUGAACAACUUUCCGAUUGAAAACAUCGAUGAAAAUAAUCAUUACGCUUCAGGGUCUAAAAUAUCAAUGUUGAACACAUACGAUUAGAUUUCACGUUUACGUGUAAAUUUUUUAAAAGAAAAAUUAUUAUCAAUUAACCCUCGCGGCUAUGAGACGAUCGUUUCAAAUCCAAUCAAACCAAAUCAAACCAAAGAAUGCAUUUCUUUAAUGCUUUCUAGUUAUAUCGUGAUUGCGCGAAGAGGAAAGACAUGUGAAACAGAAAAUUCAAUUUUCUAAUCUCUCUAGAUUUCUAUUUCUAUUAGCUUCACAGUGUCCGUAUUGUCCGUAUAAUUUGUGUCGUACUGUAAAGUGUUUUAUUGCAUAGUUUUCAUCAUUUUCUCGUGGUUUUUUUACUUUUAGUAAGAUGUAAGUCUGUAGUUUUCACUACGCAACCUAUAACUCUUAAAGUUUUAUGAUGUUCGGAAAUUUGAUCCUAUUUUUAUAGUUUCAUAGUUUUUAGAAACUUGUAAUAAAGAUGCAACAGAGUAACUAUAUAAAGAUAAAUAAAUAUAUUUUUCGAAUAAAAUUCGUAAUUAUAAUUUUUUCUCUUCCUGUCUGUACGCGACGAUUUUCAAAUUACUAUAGAAAUUGAGAUUUCAUACAUGGUUAGAACAUAGCCGAUUCACUGUUGUCCGCGGUCUGCCGUUUGAGGGUUAAUAAAAUAAUAUACAUAUAUUUCUAAUACGUGUAUAGUAUGCCAAACAAUUUUCCAUUUUUCUUUUAUCAACAACUAAUUUAUCAACGAUGCUUGUCUUCGUAAUCGCGAUACACGGUCCAAUUACCAACAUACGCCCAACUAAUAUAAUGAAUAUUAACAAUGCGUUUUUUAUACUUUUAAUGCUUUUUCAUACUAUGCGGUUCAUAAAUG